AUGGCUCGGAUUAACACUCAUCUUUACAAAAGUUCUAUUUUGUUAAUUUCUGUGACUGUUGUUUUAUUUAGUGACUAUACAAAUUCGAAGCCUAUUCAAAUUUUACAGAACAAACCGGGUUACAUCGGAGUGUACAUAAGACACGGAAAUGAACCAUUGAUAAACAUAAAUCCGGCGUUAGCUGAAGCCUUCCAUGAAGAAAUUAACGGAGUGAUACCAUUAGAAGAUCACGAGGAUUCAGUGAUUCAAAAAAUAACAAGCGAUAAUGAGAAGCCAGAAAAAUCGCGAAAUCCGAGCAACGAAAAAAAUUUCUUUAUACCUCUACCUCGUCCCUAUGUGGUUCACCGAAGCUCAUAA